UACACGAGUAACAGGAUGGGAGAAUCCGUAAGGACGACUGACGGGACAGGCUAUCAGUAUACAGAUAACUUUGACGUUACUGACGAAGUGAAAGAGCAGUAUGACAGGGAUGGUUUCAUUAUAUUGCGGAAUUUUUUGGACACCGAAGAGGUGACUAACUUGAGAACAGCCCUGGAGCAAGACAAGACCCUGGAGGACAAUUACUAUACCAGGGACGACGGGGAGGGAAAUCAGGCCAAAAUGGCAAACUGGAAUCACCCUGUGGAUGACAUAACCGGGAUGAUAGGGAGGAGUGAUAAAGCUGCCGGUACCAUGGAAAAGCUUUUAGGGGGAGAGGUGUAUCAAUAUCACGCCAAAGUCGUCAUGAAAGAACCGUUCACAGGGGGUGCAUUUGUGUGGCACCAGGAUUACGGUGUUUGGUACCAUUACGGCAAUCUGUUUCCUAACAUGGGCACAGUGUGGAUUGCUGUGGACAGAGCAGACAGAACAAAUGGGUGUCUACAGAUACUACUUGGCUCCCAUCAAGCUGGGCGACUGGAGCACGUGAAAGUCGGUGAACAAGCAAGGGCUGACCAGGAACGCGUAGAACUCCUUGCCAAAACCUGCCCCUUGACCUACGUCCAGCUUGACCCUGGAGACGCUGUGAUAUUUCAUUGUAAUCUAGUCCAUCGAAGUGACCAGAAUCACAGCCAGAACCGGCGCUGGGCUUACCUUGUUUGCUAUAACCGUGCAUCCAAUGACCCAGUGUAUAAACAUCACUAUCCCAACUACACGCCCCUGAUUAAGGUGCCGAAUAGCAGAAUAAAGGGAUGUGACACUAAAACAUCCUACGAAGGAAAGAAUUUUUUCAAGGACCCUCCAAUAUCCCGGUGUGAAAGGAAUGCAUGUCCCACCGGAACGGAUGUCCGGAGAACCUCCGUUCCUGGGGAAAUAUGUCCUAUGGACGUGCGUUCCCUCGGAUGUGCUGUCCUACCCGGACCUUGA